CUGCUGCAGCCUAGUGAUUCUCCCCAAGCCUCCUGUACUCACCACUGGGUCACAGUGGAAGGGUCUUGAGGACAAGACUCAGGCUGCACAAAGAAGCGGAGAGGCCAGAAGAUAAAGGAGGGUGCAGCUUCUGUGAGGAGGCUGCACUUGGCGCCUGUCCAGGGCCUGGGGCUGCUGCCAUUUUCUUCUGUGCUGCAGACAUGACUCUGACUCUGAGGGAGGGGGCAUGGUGGCUGCCCUCAGUGCUGCUUCUGCUCCAGGUCCCAGGCUGUGUGUCUCUGAGUGGCCCCGACUCCGUGGUGGGCAUCGUGGGGAGAUCCCUGAGUGUGCAGUGUUGCUACAAGGAAAAAUACAGAGGCCACCUCAAGUACUGGUGUAUAAGCCCGUGUUUGACAGAGCAGGCAGUGAUUGUGAAGACCAGAGCAUCAGAGAGAGAAGUGAGGAGCGGCCGUGUGAGCAUCAGGGAUCAUCCUGCUGCCCUGACCUUCACAGUGACCUGGGAGGACCUCACUGAGGAAGAUGCUGGAACAUACUGCUGUGGGAUCAGUGUAGCUUUCUUAGUCACAGACUUCAAAUCAGGGAUUGAUCCCAAGAAGUGGGUUACAGUGUCUGUGUUCCCAGCCCCCAUGACUGAGUCCUUUCCUAUAACCACCAUGACCAUCCUCAGUCCUCCUACAACAUCACCACCGUCCACCUGGCCCUCUACCACCAGGCAAGAUACACCAGGCCCCAGCCAAUACCCCAGGUCCCCUCUGUUCAGUGUCCACUUCCUGUUCCUGGUCUUCGUGAAACUGCCCCUGUUCCUGAGCAUGCUUGGUGCCGUCCUCUGGGUGAACUGGCCUCUGAGGGUCCCUGCAUGGAAGUGGGGUUGCCAGUGUAAGAAGUGACACUUGCUGAUGUGGGAUGCCCUCUGCCUUCAGGAUAGAGACGAGCCAGAACUGAGCCCCUCCAAUUAAUGGCAAUAGCUUCUAACUAAUAAAUCCGCUUUCGGUCUCUA